AUGGCCAGACUGGUGUUAGUGGCCGUGGCCGUGGCCAGCCUCAUGCUGGAGGGGAGCUGCCAGACUUCGGGAACAGGCAUCAAGCUUUGUGGCCGUGACUUUGUACGCACUGUUAUCAUCUCCUGUGGGGGCUCCAGGUGGAAACGGCAUUCACCAGAAGAAAACGAUGAGAGAGGCAGCUUUUACAGUGACUUGUUGGAUUCAUUGGACGAUGGCCCACUGCUCUGGUCCACAGAGGAGCCCGAGACAUCAACUCCAGUUAGCCUGGUUCUUCAUCCUCACUCUUAUGUUCAAAGGGACCUCAUGGAGUCAAGCGAAGCUUGGGAGGAAGAGCAUGGGACCAGAUUAUCAUCUGCUUUCCCGUUUCCUUUGGAAGAUAAGACUUUGCGAUUAAGGCGAGGAGCGGGAAUGGCCACAAUCUGCUGCAAACGAGGCUGCACCCGAAGUGAGAUCAUCAAGCUAUGUUAA